AAAAAAAAAAAAAAAAAAAAAAAGAGCUGUAACCAAUGCAUCGGCUUUUAACUGUAUUUGGAUUAAUAAAGUAUGUUCUGGUAAAGAAUUUUGAUUUGGUUGAGUGGAGGAGAUUUGAUUAUCGUUUGGGUUUCUUCUUUCACCAUCAGCCAAGUGUAGAGUUGUGUGUGUCUCUUUCUUCCUUUACAUUUCUGUCAAUUGAAAAAGAAACAUAUGGCCACCGUGGAAGAGAUUAUUUUUGUAGGUACAGGCACUUCGAGUUCUGUACCUGUCAUAUCUUGCCUUACCAGCCCUAAAAGGGAUUGUAAGGUUUGCCUUUCAACUCUAACACCUGAAGGAAGGAAAAAUAUCAGAAAAAAUACUUCUUUACUGGUUCGAUUCCGUAAACAUGCUGAUCCUCCAGGUGCUCGCUUAAGAAAUGUACUCAUCGAUUGCGGCAAAACGUUUCAGUCGAGUGCUAUCGAGAUAUUCCCCCGUUAUGGUGUUCGAGAAUUAGAUGGUGUGAUUAUCACCCAUGGACAUGCGGACGCUUGUUUUGGAUUGGAUGAUUUAAGAGGUUGGACCUUAGGAGGGGCCAUACAACCUUAUAUUGAUAUCCACUUAUCUCCAGAGUCGAUGGAUGUCAUCAGUCGAACCUUUCCAUUUUUGGUUGACUCGGCAUUAGCCACAGGUGGUGGACAAGUGGCUGAUUUCAAAUUUCACGUUUUUGAUCCAGAAAAGCCGUUCACUAUCCACGGACUCGAUUUUAUACCAUUGGCUGCUCAUCAUGGUAUCUAUCAAACGACCCAAGAACCCUAUCUAUGUUAUGGCUUCAAGUUUGACGAUAUCAGUUACAUUUCAGACACCAAUCUUAUUCCGCUCAAAACGAUGGAAAUAAUGAAAGAUAAAACAAAAGUGUUUAUUGUAGAUUGUCUUCGACGUAAGCAUUCAUUUAAAAAUAUGGCUCCAUGUGAAGCGUACACAGCCUUACAACCCGCCGCUCUUUAUAUGUUUAGUGGAUAUACCGCAUCCUUCGCAUUUUAUUCUGGAAGAGUCAAUAGAAGCAGCGAGAACUGUCAACGCUUCAUUAAAGACGUACUUUGUUGGAUUUACACAUCGUGUCGAUCAUCAAGACUUUGAAAAGCGGAUGGAAGAAUAUGAAAAGAAGGAGGGAUUGAAAGUACGGCCAGCCUAUGACGGUUUGAAGGUUUCCUUUCACUCUACCCAUUUAAUAGAAACAAAUUACUUUGAACAAGAAGAAGCGUCAACAAAAGCAGCUUUAUUUUAAUAGAAUAUGAUUCAAUUCAUCGGUUGACAUGUUGGAGGACUUUUUUUUGCGUCAAAAUAGAGACAUUUCCCUAUAAAACACAGAGAAAAUUCUCUGGCCCUUUUCAAUAAAUAGGUGUAUUAAAAAUUUUUAAAGAGUAUUUCAAUGUAUGCAGAUACGGGUUUAGGACCAGACAGUCA